AUGCUUAGUAUAUAUAAAAGAAUUUGUUGUAAUAAUGCACUAAGAUCCAUAUGUAUUAUAAAUAAAUUUGUAAUAUGUGUUUCUUUCGGAAAUAUUAUAAAAAUAAUAAAUGUACGAAAUAUAAAUAUCUUAGCAGAUUUUGUAGUAUCUAGCAGUAGUCAUAUAUAUGGCUUUUGUUAUAAGAAAGAAAAUAAUAAAAAAUAUGGUAUAUUAAUAGCACAUGGUGUACAUAAAAUAUAUAUUUAUAAAUUAUAUAUUAAUUUAACAAAUGAAAAAUGCUUAUUAAAGUUAUUAAAAAAAUAUUGUACGAACAAAUGGAUUUUAAAAACAACUUUUUUUUUAAAAAAGGAAGAUGACAUGCUUUUUUCAAAUCCCAUGUCCUCUACUUAUGAGAGACAUAAAAAUGAAAAGACACAUAAUAUAGAUAAAAUAAAUAAUAUAGAAAAUAAAGAUUUACAAAAAAUUAAAAACAUUCUUAUCAUAUCAUUAAGUAACGGGAGUAUUUUAUUACUAGAUAUAUAUAAAGGUAUAAGCUCAUUAAAAUAUAAAUUUAUAGGUAUACAUUUAUUAUAUAGUUCUGAUAUAUUCAUAAAGCAUCAAAAAAAAUGUUACAACAUUUAUGUCGUAGGAGGUACUCCAUUUAAUAAAAUAUUAUUGUGGUCAUUUAAGAUUAAUAAAAAAGAUAUUACAAAAUAUUGGUGUGCUCAAACAAAUAAAAAUAAUAACAUAAAUAAUAAUAAAAUUAUUAUACCAAUAAAACAUUUCGAAGAAUUAUGUGGACAUAGAGGUAUCAUUUUUAAAGUUAAAUUUUUUAAAAGCACAAAAUAUAUCUGCUCAGUUUCUGAUGAUAGAGAAGGACGUGUAUGGUAUAGGAUGAAGAAUGAAGAAUAUAUUAAGAAAACAAAUAAAAGGAUAUUAGAAAAAAAAAAAAAUACAUAUCAAAUGAAUGAACCCUCUUUAUAUUAUUAUACAUGCAUAAAAAUAUUAACAGGUCAUAAUGCUAGAGUAUGGGAUAUAGAUAUGGGGAAGUUUAAAAAUAAAUUAUUUUUUUUUACAUGUAGUGAAGAUAGUAUGUGUAAUGUUUAUUCUAAAAAUCAAAACAAGUUUUUCAAAUAUUCAAAUAAUAGUUCUAGCACAAUCAGAUGUAUAUUAUAUCAUCAUUACAUGCAAUUAAUUAUAUCAGGCUCGGAUAAUGGCACCUUACACAUUAAACCCAUAACUUCUUUUUUUUUAGAAACACACAAGGAUUUAGACCAGGUAAAAAAAAAAAAAUAUAAACAUAAUAAUAAUAAUAAUAAUGAUGAUGAUAAUAAUAAUGAUGAUGAUAAUAAUAAUGAUGAUGAUAAUAAUAAUGAUGAUGAUAAUAAUAAUGAUGAUGAUAAUUAUAAUAAUUAUGAUAAUAAUAAUGAUGAUGAUAAUUAUAAUAAUUAUGAUAAUUGUGGAGAGGAUCACAUUUCACACCAACUUUGUAAUAACCAUAUAAUAAUUGAAGAUAAAAAAAAUGAUAAAAAUAGACUUCUUUAUAAUUCCGGUACAUCAAUAAAUAUGUAUGAAAAAAAUGUUAUAAAAAAAAAAACUUGUAUCGAUUCUAUAAAUAAUGGUGUACAAAAGAACGAUACGAUUAAUUUUUAUGUAGAUGAAUUAUGUAAAAUUAUGAAAAAGAAAAAUGAUUGGAUAAGAUCUGUAGAUCAUGUAAAUUUAUAUGAUGUAAUAGUUUGUACAAAUUUUGGAAGAAUAUACAUUUUAAAAACAAAAGAAAAAAAUAAAAAGUUAUAUUUAAUAUAUGAAGAAGAACGAGAGAAUUAUUUGUUGACAUGUUUAACUUUUUUUGGAACUCAAUGUAUAUGUUUAGGAUAUAGUAAUGGAUAUUGCUGUUUUGUUAUUUUAAAAGAGGAAUAUGAUAAUUAUACAAAUUGUAAAAAUGAAAAUAAUAUAAAAUAUAAUAAAGAAAUAGAAAAUAUAAAUAAAAAGCAGGAUAUUAUAUUUUAUGAAUCUCAAUUUAUAUCUGAUGAAAAGAAAAAUUUACAAUCAACAUAUUUCUCAUGUUUUAAUCAUCGCAUAAGUGAAAUGUUGUUAGUACCAUUAUCAUGUAUAAAUUAUUAUAAUAUCAUUGAUUCGCUUUCUACUAAUAAAAUGAUAAAAAAAAAUAUUGAUCACGUUUUGUAUUUACGUAUGCGUCAGAGUAAACAAAAUAAAGAAGAAAAUGUAACAAAAAAAAAUAAAAAAAAUAAUAAUAAUAAUAAUAAUAAUAAUAAAAAUAAUAAUAGUUAUAGUAGUCGUUGUAGUAGUCGUUGUAGUAGUCGUUGUAGUAGUAGUCGUUGUAGUAGUAGUAGUUUUUGUAGUAGUAGUAGUUUUUGUAGUAGUUUAUGUACAAACCAAAUGUUGUUACAAAAUAUGGAAAGAGAUUUAGAUUAUUCUUCCUAUUUUUAUCAAAUUAUAUAUAAUCAUAAUAUACCAAAUUUAAAUCAUAUAUCAUGCAAACUUUUAGAAAAAAAAGAAAAAUCAUAUUCAUGUACCCCAACCCUACCAGCUUUAUCAUUUGAUCUAAGUAUAAACACAUUUUUAUUGUUCAACUUUGAUCAUACGGGAAAUAUAAAAAUUUUUAAUAUCGAAGUUUAUAAAAAUGAAAAGGUAGAAAUCCAAAAAAUGUGCGAUACAAUGAUUGACGUAAAAAAUAAGAAAUCCAAAAUAAUAUGUGUUAAUUAUGUUUUAAGACAGAAAAGAAUAAAAAUAGAAAAGAAAAAAAAGAAUUUAAAAGAAAUAAAAAAUGUGUAUAUGGAUGAAGUACAACAUAAAAUAGGUAUUUUAUUAUUCGUAGGAGAUGAAUAUGGAUGUAUUUUUAUUCUUUAUAUUAAUAUACCUAUACAAAUAGAUGAAAAUAAUAAAAUUAUUUAUCAUUUUAAUAAAGCUUAUAUUAAAUCCAAAGAAAAAUUACGUGUUCAUAAUAAUAGAAAAGUGUUCGAUAUAAAAAUCAUUGAUCAAUGUAUAUAUUCAUGUGGCCAGAAUGGUAAUAUACUUAAAUAUGAAUUAUAUAAAGAUGAAAGAAAAAUAUAUUCUUUAUAUAAAUUAUGUUUAAUUAAAAUACCUUAUUAUUCUUCAUUAUAUAAAAUAUUGCCUACUAUGUAUGAUAUACCAAGCGAUGUACAUCAUACAAAGGUGUAUUCUAAUAGCUUAACAAAGAAAGAGGACCACAACAAUAGGCACAACAUCAACAAUAAUAAUGACAAUAAUAAUGAUAAUAAUGAUGAUAAUAAUAAUGAUAAUAAUAAUAAUGACAAUAAUAAUGAUAAUAAUAAUGACAAUAAUAAUGAUAAUAAUAAUGACAAUAAUAAUGAUAAUAAUAAUGACAAUAAUAAUGAUAAUAAUAAUGACAAUAAUAAUGAUAAUAAUAAUGACAAUAAUAAUGAUAAUAAUAAUUUUUAUUAUUAUUAUAAUGAGGCGUAUCAUAAAUUUUCUACCCUUACCAAGGAAGAUAAAAAAAAAAUGAAUAACAUACACGAUAAUAUAUUCAUUUGUUGUUUUAAAGAAAAAAAAUUUGUCCUAUACGAUAUGAAAAAAAAAACAGAAUAUUUAUCUGUUGAAUGUGGUGGCUUUAGAAGACCUUUAAGUGUAUUUAUGAAAAGUCUUUCGAAUAGUUCUUUAAGCUUUUCUUUAUGUUUCUGUAAAGAAAAGAACAUAUAUUUUUCUUUUAAAAAUAUUAAUAACAAAACAAAUAAUAUUAUACCAUAUGAACAAAUAUAUUACAAUUCUGAUUUUCAUGCAAAAAAUGUUUCUUUUCUUCUAUGGUUUGAUGAAAAUUAUUUUUGUACUUGUUCAGAGGAUGGGACCAUCAAAUUAAUGUACAUAAAUAAGAAGAAAAAUAUAAGGAACAGAGAACAUAUACAAAAAACAAAACAAAACAAAAAUGUAAAGGUCAAUAAUAUGAAGGAUAUAAAAAAUGAUAUAUUUAAUAACAAUAAUUAUAAUAUAUAUGACAAAAAGAAAAAAAUUAAUUAUUUGAAAUAUGAGUUAAGAAUUAUUCAAAAUAUAUAUAAUCAUACAGAACCUAUUUUUUAUAUGUCAUUUUUGAAAAGUCCAUUUUAUUUUUCUAGAAAAUUUAAAUUGUUUAUAUCAGUUGGUGCAAAAAAUUCGGCUAAUAUUUUUUAUGCAUUUGUUCAUAAUGAAAAUUCAAAUGGAUCAGGUACAUAUAAGGAGUAUACAAAUAAUUGUCCCAAUAAUAAUAAUAAAAAUAAUAAUAAUAAAAAUAAUAAAAAUAAUAUAUUAGGUAAUACUAUAAUGCUUAACAAUAUCGAUAAUUCAAAAAAGAAUGCACCUAUCAUUUAUCAUUUAGAAAAAUUGAGAACUCACCAAUUUUCUAGCGACUUAAGAUAUUUAUGUGUACAUGGUUUUUUUAAUAUUAUUUCCAAGGUAGAAUAUACAUAUGUUAUUCAAACGAACAUCUUUAUAGGUACAUCUAUAGGAUAUAUAUUUCAUUACACUGGGUUAUAUGAAUUCACUAUUUAUAAUAAAAUCAUCUUCUCAAAAAUUAUUAAACGUGCAACUAUUAUAUCUACAUAUAAUUUGAACAGCACAAUAUUGUCCUUGAGCUGGAAACAAAUAUGUAUCAAUAGAAAUUAUGACAAUAUAGAUGGUAAAAAUAUUUAUGAUAUAAAUAAUACAAAUGACAAUAAUAUUUAUGAUAAAAAUUAUACAAAUGACAAUAAUAUUUAUGAUAAAAAUAAUACAAAUGACAAUAAUAUUUAUGAUAAAAAUAAUACAAAUGACAAUAAUAUUUAUGAUAAAAAUAAUACAAAUGACAAUAAUAUUUAUGAUAAAAAUAAUACAAAUGACAAUAAUAUUUAUGAUAAAAAUAAUACAAAUGACAAUAAUAUUUAUGAUAAAAAUAAUACAAAUGACAAUAAUAUUUAUGAUAAAAACAAUAUUAUGUCGUUAAAGAAUUAUGAUAUGCCCCCAAAAGAACAAUAUAUAACAAAUGAUAACAUAUUUAUAACGAAAGAUCAAUAUAAAACAAAUUUCACAAAAUAUGAACUAGUAAAUAUAUUAUUUUGUGGAUUAAAUAAUGGUAUGAUAAUUAUUUAUCAGCUUGAUAAAAAAUUGAAAUUAUUAAAAAAAAUUCAUAUUCAUCAAAAUGGUAUAAAUAAAAUAUGUGUUAAAAAAAAACAAAAAGACUACUUACAAAUAUAUACAUGCUCAGAUGAUCAAUCUAUAAAUAUAUUAAUUUUUAAAAUGAUAUAUAUACAAAAUAAUAAAUUAAAAAAACUUAUCAUAAUACAAAAUACAAAAUGUACACAUGCACAUUUAUCAUCCAUUAGAUCUUUAUAUAUGUUUUCUAAUUACCUUUUAAGUGUAUCAUGGGAUCAAUAUAUACAUAUUUGGAAAAUACAAAAAAAUGAAAAAAAAAUUUAUUUUUUAAACAAAAUUAGACAAAUUAAAACAUCCGUGUAUGAUGUCUCUUGUAUAAAUUCUUUUGUAAGAAAAAAAUAUAAAAACAUACAAAACAAUCAAAAUAAUAGUAUUAAAUAUAAAGUUUAUUUAUGUGUGUCAGGAAUUAAUGGUAGUAUGGAAGUAUUCCAUCUCAAAUUUGUUCCAUAA